GCAAAAAAUGGGGAAAGUUCUUUCCACCUUCCACCUUGGUGACAAAACAAAAAAGACCUACAACAUUUACCUAGUUUUUUAGUGCUUGUAUGAAAUGAAUAACUAUUUGCCUAUUGGAAAAGGACCAAUGCUGGUAACUACACUAGUCGGCAUAACUAUUUUGAAGAAAAACAAAUGGUUUUUAUGUAACUUUUCAAUGGUGUAAUAUAACUCAAUAAAACAACAACAGCAACAGCAGGCUGAAACUUGCGGCACCAUCCAACAACAACAACAACAGGCAGAGACACACGUUGCGCGCGAACAGCCAAUUGGAGAUUCAUCGCAUGGCAACGCGAGCAAUCCAACUUCAAUCGCUAUAGGAAACGGAUAAGGUGGCAACGCGGAAGGUCCACGGAAUGACACACAUCGUCCAGGGCUGGAUCAGCAGCUUCACUCUCGUUUGCCAAAGAAGCUGCCAUCGACUUCGACGGAAACAUUUAUGCACGCAACUGGGUAGAUCACCUUAAGAACAUAGGCCAAAUCUACAACUUAGAUAAUGACUGCCUAAGAAUGCUACUAGUUACCAAAUUAAAAGGUAAUUCUUAGCGUUGGCUGCACGCUAACCCAUCCCGAAUACUAGAUUCUUUCGAAUGACUGUGCGAACAACUAAUCAUAGCAUUUGGAAACACGGCGUCCAAAUCAGAGCGUCACCGCAAAUUCGAGCAACGGAAAUGGCAAAAGGACGAGAGAUUCACAAUGUAUUUCGAGGAUAAAACAAUGAUGUCCCAAGCCAUCAGCAUGGACAUUGAGGAACUGCCCGAACAACUCAUCGAAGGAAUCCCAUCUGCGAGUUUGCGUGAUCAAGCCCGUAUCCAAAGGUUCGCAAAUCCGGAGAAGAUGCUGCUAGCAUUUGCCAACAUACGUCUUCCACAACAACCCGGAACAUACGCACCGAAGAAGUCGACGUUGGAAGCGACGCAGAUCAACAACUUGCGCUGCAGGAACUGCAACUCGAAGGGCCAUUUGGCCAAGGAAUGCCGCAAGCCAGCAAGGGCACCUGGAUCUUGUUUCGCAUGCGGAGAAAUGGGUCAUUUUGUGGGAGAAUGCCGCCAGAGGAAGAGCAACACCUACAACAAUAGCAACAGCAACAACAAUAGCAGCGACAACAACUAUAAUGUCUCAUAGACUCAGGGAGCGCGAUAUCAUUCAUUAAGCAGUCCAGAAUUCCAGCUGCAUUAUCAAGCUUCAAGACAGAAUAAAUAAUUUAACAACCACUUCUAAAUGCCAACAAAUUCAAUUGAAAAAGACAGAUUUUUUAAUAAUGAUAUUGCGUCAAGCUUGCAAAACGCAGUCUUAUGAUGGGCAUAAAUUAACGUCAUUAAUAAUUUUUUAUUAAACGAACCUAAGCUUAACGAAAUAAAUAAAAUAUCUCAGAAAAAUAACAUUACCUCGUUUUCAAUUGAGGAAACGCUGGAAUUUGUUCAUGUAUCUGUCUUACAUAAUAAAAUAGCUUUAAUUUACUUAAUAAAAAUACCUGGACUUGAACCAACUAAUUAUGAAAAUCUUCUUUUAAAGCCUGUCAUCAGAAACGAAUUAAUAAUACUUUUGGAACUUAUGAACUUUUUGUAUCAAACAAUGAAAUGCUAGGCCUACCCCAUGUUUGUAAAACUCCAAACUAUGUAAAAAUUUGUAAAAAAGAAAAAUUGUUAAUUUUAGUAAUUCAAAAUGUGUUUCAAAAUAGGCUUAGGGAUAGGAAUCGUUGUGUGAUUAUGGUAACUCGGACCACAUUGAACCAAUAGAGGAAAUAGACGGUAGCAUACUUAUCUUAAAUGACUUCAACAGCAGCCUAAAUUCAAACAAAAUUUCACAUCAACUUAGAGGAACUUCCAUGAUUAAAUUUUAAACGAAACUAUAAAUAUAAAUGGAAAAAUUUGUACAAACAAAGAAAAAACAAUAAUGAAACCCGAAAUUCCACUAAUUCAAAUUACCUCAUUGCAAGCACAAAGCAUACAAAUUCUGUCUUUAGAAUCUCUACAUAUAAAAAAAGAAAGCACUUACAAACCUUAAAGAAUGAUUCUACAAUAAACCGAAUAACCACAGUUACAUUAAUUUGCGCCAUUAUUCUUGCUUUGAUCGUAUUAAAAAACUGUAUUCACAGAAAAGAAAAAGUAAACCUACAUAUCCAUGAAUUCCCUCCACAAGUUUUAAACAACAAAACUAAUAUUAUAUCAAUUCCUAAAAAAAAUACAAGAAUUUAAUAAUAUUUCCAAUUUCUAACACCUCUCGAGGACAAGCAGGUUCUUAAGGAGGGGGAGUUAAUCACACAAAUAUUUCUACAUUUUUUCCGAGAAAUAUUGCAUCAUUGUCAAUGGCAACAUUGCAACAUUUCAAUUCAACGGUCAAGAACCCGCAAGUUCAAUAACAUAAACACACGCACCCGGUUAACAGCCACAACGCAAUACCAAAAUGCUGAUUUUGCAAACCUUGCAGACUCACGCAUCCGGCUAACAGCCACAGCGCAAUAUCAAAAUACUGAUUCUGCAAACCUUGCAGUUUCAGUCGCUUCAUCAGAACUAGACAACCGCCGUGGUCUCUUCCGCGACGUCGACGUCGCUGCCCCAACCCACAGCUUAGAUCAGGGUAUUUUUAAAUGAAUAAAAUCAGUCUCAAAUUGAACUUCGAAUAAAUCAAACGAUCAAAAACUUAUUUUGAUUUGGUUUGGUUUUUAUUAUCCUGGAAAUUAAAUUGCAUAUGCCUACACACCAUUUCCACACAUUAGAUCUUACUCUUGAGUCACCCCUAUCAAAAGGAAACAAAACUUGAAACCCACUUAUUGUAAACCUUUCUAAACUCAGAAGGUGCUUGGAAGUUUCCAUUGUGAAUGUUAAAUCUCAGACUAAACAUUUAAUGUCGCGCCUCUGAUAAAUUCCAACGGCACGUUCCUACACUUUUGGCAU